GCCCAUGGCCACCGCGAAGAAAAAAAGCCUCAUCAAAAAAGUGACCGUUGGUUCUUCAACUUCUUGCGAAAUUUUUUUCGCAAUCACAAGCAAACGAACAAAAAAACGUGAAAUUCAGUGGAAAUGGGCGUCACCGGUCUGGUAACGUAUCUCACGGACAACGGUUGCUACCGUGAAGUGAACAUUCUGGACGAGAUCCGAACGAGUCGUCAGAAGGAACCACUGGUAGUGAUCGAUCUGCUGACGGUGAUUAGUUCGCUGAGUGGUCCGACGAAUGAGCAGAUCUACGGUUGCCGGAAUCAGUUCGCCGAGUCGCAUGCGGGUCAAUUCUGCGACCGGAUGAUCAAGGCCGGAGCUCGGUUGGUGUUUUUUAUCGACGGCAUGCUCCAGGUGGAGAAGUAUAGGCACUGGAUCCAACGGCAGGAGAAGGUCUACGUGGAAUGUCUGAAGAAGGUGGAGGAUUCGAGUCGAGGAUUCAAGCAGCGCAGUAUUGGCGGCAAUGUGACAAAGCAUGCCUUCAUUUCGGCGCUGGUGGCCGCGGCCAGGAACAAGGGAACCCUCAAAACGUCGUACGAUGUGGAGUGCGAUCGGGAGAUGGCGGCGUAUGCUAGGAAGCAUAAUGCCUUGGCGAUAAUUACCGGGGAUUCGGACUUUUUGAUUUUCGAGGGCAAUUUCCGGAUCUGGUCCAGUCUGGAUCUGAAUUUACGCCAUAUGAAUACUAAGGAAUGGAACCGAGGCAAACUGCUGAGCGCUUUGGGAUUAAGCCAGAAACAAAUGCCGUUCUUUGCUGCCAUAGCAGGGAAUGAUCAGUUCAGAAAGCGGCCUGGUGGAAUGCGCUCUCUGGAGAGCGUAGCGCGAAGGGUGCGUGAAUUGAAUUUGCUGCACCGAAGCACCAGGAUUACUGAAGACCUGUGUGGGAAGAUUUUCAACCAGGGGAAUCAUCAGUACUCCCAUACGAGCAGUUUUGAGGUCGCAGUUAAUUUUUAUGAUACGGACUACACCGUUGAGGAACCAAUCGUACCGCCGGAGAUGCGCCACUAUCCGAACUAUGCUGUGAGCAUAAUCCGGGAUGUUCCGAACUCGAUUCGUCUGCCCUGUUUGGAUUUGCGAGAUGCCGACUAUUCCCAGAUGGCGUUGUGGAUCUACUGUCGGCAGGUGGGCGUUCUGUUUCGACAUCGUAGGAUCGUUGACGGGAAAACGCUGACCUCUCGAGUGUUCAUUAAACCGAACCACUACGUCACGUACAUGAUUGUUGAGAUCACUCCGGUUUUACCUCCACUGGCGCUAAAAGUUCCGCUUCCGGAGGAACUCUACUCGUUUAACCCUCAUGUAUCGAAAAGCAUCGAACAGAUGAAGUAUCGGCUGCUUACCUGGAUAGUGUCGGAUACGCUUUCUUUCGAGGAAGUAUGCCACAUCAACCCCAAAUAUCUGUUGGACGUAUUCACGCUGUAUUUUUUGGUUGAGAAAAACCUUCUGGACAUUACAACGGCGGACGUCAUCCUUACGACUAUCGACGACUGUAUCGAGAACCGCAUUCCUCGCCAGAUUCCCUUGAAGGGACCGCGUAAACCCAACGUCACGGCCAGCUUCUUGUACACUAAUUUCUACUCGCAGAUGUACUUCAGCGCCGAAACGGUUGGCCUAAUGCAGGAGGUGGACAGUACUUUCCUGUGUAAAUUCGACGGAGUGUACUUCAACCACAUAGUGGAUGGCCUGCGAAAUGAUCCGCACCGGUUGGCAUCCAAACUGGAGCCCAUCAAGUCCUAUCGGGUGUAUGCCAAAAUGGCCUGUAGUAGAUCAGUAGGUAGAUUUGACCGUUGAGAUUAUUUCAACUAAUCGUUGAAUUCUUGAUUUGAACUACCUAACGAUGUAAGUAUAUUCCACAUAACUAUAUGGGAGAGACUGGAUACAUUUUAUUGAAAUAACGCCAUGUACUGUUGAAAUGAAGUGCAUUUAACUUCUAUUCUCGAUAAAAUUUGUUACUAUUAAAAAAUAGUAAUAACAGGUAAUAGCUGGAAAACAUAUGCAAAUAUUAAAUAUUAUUAUAAUAAACUAUCAGUAAAAAACAA